UGGUCAGUGUGUUUCACCUCUAUAGUACAAGUCGCAUACCGCUGAUUAUGUGCAAAGCUUUUGGCUUGUCUCUAACGUUCAGCUUCCACUUUGCUCAAUUUUAAGUUUUCAAAACCAACAGACAAGAUGAACCUGAAUGAUCCACAUCAAACAUGGUCCAAAUAUUCUGCUUUAAAAUCCCCAGAUGCAGUCUAAAGAGUUUUCUGAUGUUCUAACUAUAAACUGUUCUGUCUCUUUAUUCCACUUCGAGCAGAAGUCUGUUCAACUUUCAGUAAAAAUGACAUCAUUUGUCUUCGAUAGGCAAAGAAAAACCUGGACAACGGACCGACCAAUCUGACAGAUUUCAUGUUCUGCCUUUUGUUUUUGACUUUACAUCCCUUCCAUUCACUUAAAACCACUGCUGUCUAACAUUUAGACAGUCAAGACAAUGGUCUGUAGACAGAUUAAGUGCUUUAACCUUCAGCUUGCUGUUGAUAUUCUAGACCAGUUAUUCCACUCUCUUUGUCCAGUGUCCAUUGUGACCGCACAGGGAGAGCUGCAGCUACUGAGAGGUGUGUGUGUGUGUGUGUGUUGUUGGCGAGUGCUCAAUACUGUAUGUGCUGUAUGAAGCAUCAUUUACCUGUCACUUCCUAAAGAGGACAUAGUUUAUAAAUAUCAUCCAGUGGAGCUGAGGGUUGGGGCUACAAAAAGCCACCCACAAUCUUCCCAUUGUUCACUGGCAUCAUUGUUGGUCUGACCUCCCAGCUGCUCAGCCAUGGCCCCCAAGAAAGCCAAGAAGAGGGCAGCGGAGGGAGCCAACUCCAACGUGUUCUCCAUGUUCGAGCAGGCACAGAUCCAGGAAUUCAAAGAGGCCUUCACCAUCAUGGACCAGAACAGAGAUGGCUUCAUCGACAAGAAUGAUCUGAGGGACACAUUUGCUGCUCUAGGACGUCUGAAUGUGAAGCAGGAGGAGAUAGACGACAUGCUCAAAGAGGCUCCCGGCCCCAUCAACUUCACCGUCUUCCUCACCAUGUUUGGCGAGAAGCUGAAAGGUGCUGAUCCAGAGGAGACCAUCCUCAACGCUUUUAAAGUCUUUGACCCUGAGGGGAAAGGGGUGCUGAGGAAGGACUAUGUGACACAGAUGCUCACAACACAAGCCGACCGAUUCUCAGCCGAAGAGAUGGAGCAGAUGUUUGCGGCCUUCCCCCCAGAUGUGGCGGGAAACCUGGACUACAAGAACCUGGUUCAUAUCAUCACUCACGGCGAGGAGAAGGACCAGGAGUGAACCUUUAUAUCAAUGUAUUCAUCAGCUAGAAAGUCAGUCUCUUUACUCUUUAAUGAUUCAAACCUGCCGCCCAUGAAGGAGAUAUGGACUAUUUACUCAACUUUUAUGUCCGCUUCAGUGUUUCUGGGCCGUUUUCUUUCUCUCGAGACCACAGAAGGAUCCUGACAAAGUGUUUUGCAAAAAAAUGGAUAUUUGACAGCAUCAGCAUAAUGAGCUGUCUUGUUCUCUUUCUGCUUUCUCCACAGUAUAUUUCCACAUUGACCUUAUUAAAUUAUUUUUCCUUAUUUUAUACACUAAAAACUACUCGCCUGUUUUUGUCUAAUUCACUUUUUCGGUCUGUGCAUGUCAGUCUAAUAAAAGUUUUUGAAAACA